AUGAAGUGGAUGAAAAUACUUCUGGGUGUUCUUCUCUUUCAUCUGUCUCUUUCUCAGUCUCCCCAAGUGCAGUAUGUUCUGCUGGUCCCUUCUGUUCUCCAAGAAGGCUCUUUGGAUAAAGCUUGUGUUCAGCUUUUUAAUGUGACUGAGUUUCUUGUUUUGACUGUCUCCAUCAACUAUGGUGAGGUCCAGACCAAAAUACUUGAAGAGCAGGUUACAGGAGAAAAUGUCUUCAAAUGCUUCAGCUUUGAGGUUCCUCAGGCCAGAUUGGACCCAGUGGCUUUCAUCACAUUCUCUGCUAAAGGAGGCACAAUCAAUCUGGAAGAGAGAAGAGCUGUGGCAAUCAGCCCCAGGGAAAAUGUGGUCUUUGUGCAGACAGAUAAAUCCAUCUACAUGCCUGGACAGAAAGUGAUGAUUCGAGUUAUGUCUCUGGAUGAUUAUUUGAAGCCUGUUGAGGAAAUGUAUCCAGUAAUCACCCUCAAGGACCCACAGGGUAAUCAGAUACAACGGUGGGUUAAUGAAAAGGCUGUGAAAGGCGUGCUACCACUCUCCUUCCAGUUAAUCCCGGAGUCCAUCCUAGGAUGGUAUGAGAUCACCGUGGAGAUGGGCUCUGGAAACAAAGAAUACCACUAUUUCUCUGUGGAAGAAUAUGUGUUACCCAAAUUUCAAAUGACUGUGGAUGCACCAGGAAACAUCUUAAUUGUGGACUCUGAAUUCAAAGUUAAUGUCUGUGCCUCAUACACCUAUGGCAAACCAGUGGAGGGGAAAGUUCACCUUAGUGUAUGCAGGGCAUCUACUUUUUAUGGUACUUGUGGACCUCUCAAUUCACUCUGUAAAAAUUUUACUCUUCAGAUGGGGAAAGAUGGCUGUGUCUCCCAGCUUAUUAACACAGAUGCUUUUGAGUUAAACCGGGAAGGAUAUCAGAGUUACUUUAAAGUAUACGUUCUUGUCACAGAAAGUGGAACAGGUAUUCAGCUUACAAAAUUCAUGUAUAUAAACAUAGACUCAUCAAUGGUGAAGAUUAGAUUUGAAAAUAUGGAGACAAUCUACAAACAGGGACUCCCUUAUUUGGGCCAGAUUAAAUUGCUUCAUCCUGACAACUCCCCCAUCCCAAAUGAAGCUAUCCAAUUGCACCUAAAGGACAAAAUUGUGGGUAACUACACCACAGAUACAAAUGGCAUUGCACAAUUUUCCUUGGACACAUCUAAGCUUACAUACCCAAACAUCACUUUGAAAGCAACCUACAAGGACAAUGAAAAUUGCAAUGCACGGGGGUGGGUGUUGCCUCGUUACCCACAAGCAGAGUACUUUGUGACCCGAUUCUACUCCAGGACUAAUAGCUUCCUAAAGAUUGUCCCAGAGAUGGAAGAACUGAAGUGCAACCAGCAGAAGAAGGUGACAGUGCACUACCUUCUCAACACGGAAGACCUUGAAGACAAAAUCUAUACAGUUAUUGCAAGAGGUGUAAUUGUUCUUCAUGGGCAACAGAAAAUUGAGAAGAAAGAUGCUUCUAUGAAGGGCGUAUUUUCCAUUCCUAUAGAUGUUAGUGCCCAGCUAGCUCCUUCUGCAGUUAUGCUGGUCUAUAGUUUGCAUCCUGAAGGAGAAAUGAUUGCUGACACCACCCGAUUCCAAAUUGAGAAAUGCUUCAAAAAUGAGGUCAACUUAAAAUUUUCUAAAGAAAAAAGUUCACCAGGAUCUACUAUCAGUCUUCAAAUCUCAGCUGCUUCAAAUUCUCUUUGUGCUCUUUGGGCUAUAGAUCAAAGUGUAUUGCUACUGGGGAAUUAUGGUCAGCUCUCAGCACAAAGCGUAUAUAAUCAGUUAAAUUACAGGGAACUAUAUGGCUAUUAUUUCAAAAGUUUGAACUUAGAAGAUGGCCCAGUAGUGCCAUGUCUGAAAAACGAACAAAUCCUACAUAAAGGAAUUUAUUAUGAGCCUGCGUUGGCUGACUUUGGAAGAGAUGCUUAUGAUCUUGUGAAGGCAAUAGGAUUAAAAGUCUUCACCAACUCUCAUCACCGGAAACCAGUGCUAUGUGAGGAUCUCAAACAUCCAGGCUAUGCUGAUGAAAAUUAUUCAAAACAUUUAACAUCUUCUCCUUUACCUGGUGCUGAAGAACUACUAUCAGAAUCAUAUUCUGAUCGUGCUCUUGGUGGAUCUUAUACUGAAACACUGAGGAAAUCAUUUCCUGAAACAUGGGUUUGGAGUCUUAUUACAACUGACUCCACAGGAAUAGCCAACCUUGGUCUGACGGUUCCCGACACCAUUACACAGUGGAAGGCCAGUGGAUUCUGCAUGAAUGACAAAGCUGGAUUUGGCAUCUCUCCAACCAUCUCCCUGACAGCUUUUCAGCCCUUCUUUGUUUCCCUCACUUUACCCUAUUCAGUGGUUCAAGGAGAAGCAUUCACUCUAAAAGCCAAUGUGUUCAACUAUCUGAACAAAAGUGUUCAGAUAAAUACUGUAUUAAAAGCAUCUAGUUUUUACCAAGCCAGAUUUCUCUCAACCAAGGAUGAAAAUGAUUAUAUCAAUAGCAAUGAAAAAAAGUCCUUUACUUGGCUGGUUACCCCACAUAAGCUCGGUACAAUCAAUAUCACCAUUACAACUAAAACCCUGCAGAGGAGUAGCUAUGCCAACAGGUCAUCCAUGGGUCAGGAUAUUGGUUGGAAGGAUACAUUAAUCAAACCACUGCUGGUAGAGCCCGAAGGUAUUAAAAAGGAGGUGACACAAGGCUCACUUAUUUGCACAAAUGGAUCCACAGUAUCCCAAACAAUAACAUUCACUUCACCAGAAAAUCUUGUGAAAGAUUCACUGAGAGUUUAUUGGUCUGUUCUUGGAGACAUUCUGGGUUCUAUCAUGCAAAACUUACAGAAUUUUCUCCAGAUGCCUUUUGGGUGUGGAGAACAGAAUAUGGCCUUAUUUGCUCCUAAUAUUUACAUCUUGGACUAUUUGAAUCAAACUGAACAACUCACAGAAGAGAUAAAAUCCAAGGCUAUUGGAUAUUUGACCACAGGAUAUCAGAGGCAGAUGUCUUAUAAACACUCAGAUGGAUCAUAUAGUACCUUUGGACAUGAAGAUCAACAAAAAAAUACAUGGCUCACUGCAUUUGUAUACAAGUCAUUUGCACAGGCCAAACGCUACAUUUACAUUGAUGACAAAAUUCAAUCUCAAACACUUAUUUGGCUCUUAAGUAUUCAAAAAUCUGAUGGCUGCUUCAUAAAUCAUGGCAAAGUCUUCAACAAUGCUUUGAAGGGAGAAGAUAAUGAAAUCUCCCUCACUGCAUAUGUCAUCAACGCCCUGCUUGAAGCUGGUCAUCCAGUCUCAUUUGUGGCAGUUCAAAAGGGUCUCCAGUGCAUAGAGGCUGCAUCUAGGAAGAGAGUUCUGACUAUCUAUGACCAGGCUCUUUUGGCCUACACUUUCAGUUUAGUACAAUAUAAAGACAAAAGAGAAUUCCUCAUCAAUGAGCUGAGCAAGAAAGCAAAGAAAGCAGGUGGCUCAGUGUAUUGGGAACUGGAAGAGCGAAUUUCUAUGGAAGGCUCAUCCUCUUUCUACUAUCCUCAGUCUUCCUCUGCAAACAUAGAGACAACCUCUUAUGGCCUACUAGCCCUUCUUUCCAAGCCGAGGCUGACUUCAGAAGAGCUGUCCAGUGCUUCACAGGUUGUACAGUGGGUAGCAAAGCAGCAAAAUUCCUAUGGAGGUUUCUCCUCCACGAAGCUAACUGAGGCAGCAGGGUGGGAACAGGGCUCUAGCUUCACACUCAGCUCUAGCAAGGCCCUUUGUGGUGAAACCAUGUCUGUGCUUGACUAUGCUGGCUUAACUUGA